AUGGAGCCAAUGGAGUUCUUAUCCAGAUCUUGGAGCGUUACUGCAGCCAAGAUUUCAAAAGCCUUUGCACUUAAAUCAAAACAAUCUAUGCUUGACAAAAAGAAUAUUAUCCGGUUACCUGAAUCAUUCAUCGCACAACAACUUAAACAGAAGAUUAUGAACCCAUCAAACGUCCAAAGUGUUACGCCAAGAGAGAAAAGGUUUAAUCACAAGGAUGCUAUUAUGAGAAGUGUGCAGAAGAAAGAUAAGGUCCGGGAGGAAAAAGCACAAGCCCAUGCCACCCUCUUUGUCACUAGGUUGGCAUCAACGGUAGCUUCCAUCACUACAACUGAGAGCGAAAGGUUGGACGAUUCAAGAAUGAGCACUGCUCUUAUGUCAGCUACAGAGCUAUUAGCAUCAUAUUUCUUCGAGUUGGUAGAAUCAGUUGGAGCUGAUCAUGAUCUAAGUCCACAAAAACGACGAUAA